GAGUUUCGAUGUAGUCCGUCUAAGAAUCUUACUCAGUUAUACAUACCAUCAGGAAUUUUUUAUUUCAGCUUCAUGUCUGUUUUCACGACAACUUCUGUUAUCCUGAAUUUUCGCGCUCCGGCUGGGUUUUAUCAACGCCUCUUGAACGCUCUUACACUACCUCUUUCUGGCCUCUUAACAUCACGCUUCAUACUCCACCUUCGAAAAUCCGGUGACAUAUUGUCCUCAGUUAUUGAGCCACAUUUUGGAUGGGAUCCGGUUGAGGUGGAUGCUCUACUGAGGGCAGAUUUAGGAAUGACUGAAAACGUGGUUUGAAUUAUACCAGAUCCACCACAAGGGAGUGUAGAUUGUACAAUAUGAUUAGAAUUAAAUACCUUCGAAGCCCAAAUUGCACAGA